AUGGCUGCCCCAGUGAAGAAGCGAGGCCCGACCGUGCUGCAGCCUCAGCGGCCCAGCACUCUGCCUCGGACUGGUACCACCAAGCUCAUAUCCGUCGACAAUGUCUUGCAAUUCUCCUCGGACAUUCCCUCGGCCCAAAGACGUGGUCCUCCAGGCGGUCUCAGGCCUGCACAACAUACGCGCACUCCCAGCGGCCGACACCCUCUGGACCCCAAAUUAGCAGGUCGCUCUUUCGCCAUUCCCGUCGGCGGUCCUCACAUCCCAGCCCGAAGCUCUAAAGUCAGUGAGAAGCUCGUUCUGCUGCCCGAAACAAGUGAGAAGACUCCGUCAGAGGAGGACGAAGACGACGAAGACGACGCCCCACCAUCAGACGAACAAAUCCGCCGCCGAAAGUCUCCCAGGAUUGGCGACAAGAGUUAUGCCGAGCGUCUUCCAAAAGCAAGUCGUGCGGACAAGCUGGCCAGAGUGACGGCUUACUGCACCGCCCAGAGCUACCGUCUACGUGCCACGGCCGACUUUGUACGAGAGCAACACGGCGCACGCACAAAACUCUACGACGAUUGUCUAUAUGCUGUCUACCAGCUCCCUCUUCUUGGCGGUAGCGAUGGCUAUCGUAUCCGCAGUAGUCCUGUCCUGAAGAACCCUGGCGGUAGAAGCAUUCUGGACGAGCAGAUCGAGGCCAACGAGCGCCGCGACCACCGAGAAGGCUGGAUGGAGGAGAGUGAUGAGUACACGGUCCAUGGUAAUGCCAGAGACCACGAAGAACCAAAUUUCCGCCGUCACAGCCACUCGAGCGAUUUAUCAAGUGGAGGACACGGCACCAUUGCCGAUGCCUUGUCUGUCGCCGAACUCUACGUCUUCAGCUAUGGUGUCGCCGUCUUCUGGAACUUUACUGCACAUCAAGAGAAGGACAUCCUGGCCGACUUGACUUUCAGCAGCUCUUCGAAUAUCCCCACAAAGCUCAGCACUACUUCUUCGCCGGCAUUGACGAAUACUUUGGGUCUGGUUUCACGGCCGCUCAGCGAGGCUGACUUCGAAACCGAAGACUUUCACUUCGAGUACAAUGACGAAAUCGACAAGCCGCGCAUAUUCAACGACAUGAUCACAUUACGCACCAACGAUCAUAUGAUCAAGCUGGCCAUGAGCCAUGCCAUUUCACAAUCUACCAAACUCAGCUACUUUGAAGAACGCAUGCAGCGUACCAUGUCUGAAGCGCAAUACGUCCCUCGCAAGUUAGCCCUGGAAGGACAGCUGGGCAUGAGCCGCAGUCAAGUUGUUAGUCUUGUCGGCAAGCUCUUCCAAGGUCGUGUCGAUGUCAACCUCAGCUCAAACAUGCUCGACACGCCAAACUUCUUCUGGGACAGCGAGCCCACGUUACUGCCACUCUACGCUGCCGUCCGCGAAUAUCUCGAAAUCAAGCCUCGCAUUCAAGUUUUGAACGAACGCUGCAAGGUCUUCUUGGACCUCGCCGAAAUCCUCUCUGAUGCCAUCGCCGACACAAAGAUGACCAAGAUCACUUGGAUCGUCAUUGUGCUGAUUGUCAUUUCCAUUCUGGUUACCUGCUCAGAAGUGAUUCUACGAUUCGCCAUCUUGAGCAAGGGUGAGGGACAAGGUGCUGCAAGCCCAAGUCCGAGAGAGCUUUGA